GUUCGCUCGUCUCCCUCUCUCGUUUUUGCGGCGGCGCCCCCGAGCGAAGCAGCCGAGCACCCACCCGCCGCCGCCGCCGUCGCCGAUUCAUGGCCAAGUUCAACGUGGUGCAGAAGAACAGGCGCGAGUGGAAGCAGGACCGCAAGCGCCAGGCCCAUGGCGACCCCAAGACCGGCAAGCUCAAGCAGCGCACGGCGCCCGUCUCCGUCUCCGGCAAGCGCCAGCGCAAGCUCCUGCGCCGCCUCAGCCGGGAGCAGAAGGAGGCUGUGAUGGCCAAGGCGCUGGAGAACAACAUGGGCGACGUCGAGAUGGUAUCUGCGGAAGGCUCUUCAGAAGCUGCAAAGGACAAGUCACAACUGAAGUUUAAUGUGAAAAAGAACUCAAGAGUACAGAUCAAAAGAUUAAAAGGCAAAGGCAGAAAGAAAGCCAAGAAUGCAAAGCCGCCGACAAAGGACAAAGUUGACGCCAUGGUGGAGUGACUGGAUGUGGUUGAUAACACUCAGCUUCUACAUUGUUGAAGGGAUCCGCAAGGAUUGAAAAUACCAUGAGCUAUCAAAGCAUCUUUACUGUCUUAAUGUUUAGUACAAGCUAGUUAGCUUUCUAAUCAAUGUAUCCUACUAAAUACGAUGAUCAAGACCUGAGAGGUUAAAUGCAUGGUUUUUGGAAUAUUUGUAUGAAAGCCUGAUUUGCAUGGUUUCUGCGUA